GCUUUUCCGUAACCAGUUUCUUGAAGGUUUUAGGGGCCUAUAUUACUGGCGUCUUCUCACCCCCAAUGGACAACUCACGUGCCUAAUCGAGCGUGAUUCUGAUCACGUGUAUUUACCGUUCAACAAAUCCAUAAAAAUUGAUUGGCCAUCUAAACUUCACCAAUCACCCCACCAAUAUGUCCGCCCAAGAACCUCAAGACAGCCAGGUUGAAGUCAAAACCUACCCAGACUCCACCAACAAAUGGCCAACCCCAUUUGUCAAUUUGGCUAACGCUUCUGCUUACCCAUCUUGGACCCCAAUCGAUACCAAGAAGGAAACUACUCAAAUCUUCAAGUUUGGUUUCUACACAACUGUUGGUGCCUACGCCUGGUUAUACUUAUGGAAGCGUACCACCUUUAAGUUGGGCUUGCCAUUAACUGCCGUUGGUUUCGCUACCAUCGCUACUGCCACCAAGGGUAUUGUGACUAACUUGAGAGAAAAGAACGAUGGAUGGAACACCUUCAUCGCAGUUGGUACCGGUAACUUGGCCUGUUUAACUGUUGGAUUCAAGAACAUGCCAGUCAAGCACAAAGUCUUGACCGGAAUUGCUGGUGCAACUGUCACUGCCUUGGUGGAUCACGCUCUCUGGGCCCAAUCUCCAAGUUCUGCUGGUAGAAACGCUAGAUACGCCGAAGGCAACACUGAAGAAGUCCUUGACAAGCAACAAUUCUGGGACGUGUGGAAGAGAAGACCUUUGAGUCAAACUGUCGAAAGUUUGGGAGCGGGUAGAGGUAUCUUCAAGCCAUAAAUUGUCAGUUGAGACGAUUCGAUCUGGCUACUUGCAUGUCUUGUCAUUUUUUCAUGUUUAGAUGGUGGUUCCAGUGUAUGC